UAGCUCCUCCCACAAGCCUCCUCUGAUAGACUGCCCAUAUGUUCCAAAAUUGUUGACCUUCCUACGGAGAGUGGCUGAGAUUCCAUGCAUUGAGGGAGGACAAAAGAGAGUGGGAGAGGGAUAGGUGGAUAAAUGAAAAAGGGGAGGGCCUUACACAGUGUAAAUUAGCUGUGCUGAGUAGGGAUUGGACACGGGGAAUGGUGUGGUGGUUUGGGAGAAGACUGUUCCGGGCCUCUCUCACAUUGCCUCUAGGAGUGCAUAUCUCUUAUUGCUGUCAUGACUCAGCUUGUCUGGCCAGUCAAGAGCAAGCAGCUGGAAAGUGGAGCAGCACAGUCUAGCCUAUUAGCUACAUGUCUGAUCCUGAGAGAACACAGAGGAAACACAUUGGGACUGGGACAAACUUUUCAUAGGGUUGGAUGGGUAUAGUGUUUCCUUUCCUACAUGUUGAGUGUCAUGUUGCGUUGAAGGUUCACGUUAAACUACGGUAAACCAAGACCCACGGGAAACAGAGACUGUUUACGUUUCCUCAAGAUGUAAACUAGUUGGAACAGUGUUGAAAGCCUACUAGGAGGAUGUGGCAGUGUUGGAUCGGCUCAGGGGUCCUCAGGAGGAGAUGGCGAGGCACUCUCAAUGAUGUACUUCCCAAAUCUAACAUCUCUAUUUCACAAAGAGAUGUGAAUCUCAGCAGAGUCCUCACUUAUAGGAAGAUGAGCUCAUGUCACAGACAGCUGAGGCUUCCAGGAGGACUAUGGAGGAGGUUGAAAUCCUCCUCCUAUUCAGCCAGUGGAUUUCAUUCAAGUUUUUUUUGCUCCAGUCUAGUCCAUAAUCAAACAGAUCCCAUUGAGAUCCACAAGAAGAAGUUGACCUUAUGGUUCAGCCACCUACCUCAGGAAGAGAAGCAAUUCGGGGGCUACUUCACCCCCGAGACCAUGCACGUGGAGCCACUCAUCCUGGAGAGGAAGCCAGAAGAGAGGAAAGGGCCCUUAAUCACCCCCCUCCUCAAGCCAUCCCAGGCCCCCCAGAGCGACUCGGUCACCGUGGAGCAGCUCUUUGAGCCCACUCAGCAAGGAGGCAGGGAGCGGGGCCUUAACGUGCUGCUGUACGGGGCGGUCGGGACAGGGAAGAGCACAGUGGUGCGGAAGCUGGUUCUAGACUGGUGUGCCGGGCUCACUUUGACCCAGUUCAAACUACUGGUGCCCUUCUCCUGCGAGGACCUCUCCCAGUUAUCCAAGUCCACAUCUUUGAGAGACCUAGUCAGCAGGAAAUACCUGCACCUGAAAAAGAUCCCCAUGCUGAGUGGAGAGAGCGACCAGGCCAAGGAUGUGCUGUUUCUGUUUAACGGCAUGGAGAAGAUGAAACUGGACUUCCGCAUUAGUGCCACAGAGCUGUGCAGCGACCCCAACGAGGCCCUCCCAUCCGGGGCAGUGGUGGUGAACCUGCUCAGGAAGUACCUGCUGCCUGAGGCCAGUAUUUUGGUCACCACCAGGUUGUCUGCCCUUGACCACAUCCCUACAAAGUAUGUGAAACGCUAUGCACAGAUAUAUGGCUUUAAUGACCCAGAUCGCCAGCGAGCAUAUUUCACAAGCCGACUGCUGCAACAGAUUGGAGAGAAGCCGAGAAACCAGGAGGCCCACUCCCUCAUCGAGCUGCUUUACCUCAACCUACAGAGGGAGAGCCAGUUGGCGGCCGCCUGCUUUUUACCUUCCUAUUGCUGGCUGACUUGUGCCAUCCUCCACUUUUUACAUUUCACCGACGCACAGGCACCCAUACGUACGCUAACUGGUAUCUAUACCAGCUUUCUGAGACUCAACUUUGGAGGGGAGGUGCUGGACAUGGGUGGGGCUGUAUCUUCUCCAGAUGACCAGAACUCAUUGAUGCUCUAUGUAGUCCGCACUGUGGGCAAACUGGCCUUUGACGGCGUCUCCAAAAAGCGCACUUCCUUCUCCGAGGAGGAACUGGAACAGUUUGUGGGGGGUAAGACCAAAACAGAUGAGGAACUGCGUCAGCUGGCCGUGUUCCGCACUGACGUCCUCGACUUCUUCCUGGUGCCCUGCGUCGAGACCAAAGGGUCAGAGCUUGAUGAAAAGGAGAAGCGCUACGUGUUUGCCAUUCCCGCCAUGCAAGAGUACCUGGCUGCCCUGUACGUCGUCCUCGGCGAGAACAAGACGGCUCUGGAGAAACUAAGCAAAGAGGUGACUGUGGUCAUCGGCCAAGUGGGCGAAGAUGUCAACACCCUCAUCAGCAUCAUCUCCAAGUUCAUCCCCCUCAGGGUCUUUGCUGUUUUCAACCUGCUCAAGCUCUUUCCCAGCCUGUUUGAAAAGAUCAGCAGCCGCAGCAAGGGCCGCAUCGCCCGCACCAUGGCGGCAGAGAUGUUCCGCAGCGAGGACAGCUUCAACGAGGACGUGCUGGACCAAGUGGAGCAGAGCCUGCUGGGAGUUCACGGCCCCCAGCCCCAGGAGCGCCUGGACAGCCGGGCCUUCGAGCUCUACCCUAUCUUCAUGGGCGGCCUGCUUCACUACGAGAACCGGGUUCUGCUGGAGCAGCUGGGCUGCAGCAUCAAGAGCACCACGGUGGCUCAGAUCACACGGACCCUCAAGAGGCACUUGGCGGCGGAGAUCGUGAAGUGGCAGCCCCCUGAGGAGCUCAUGGACCUGCUGGUGCUCCUCUACGAGUUCCAGAAUCCCCGGCUCACGGCAGAGGUCCUGCUCUCCAUCCGCAGCAUCAAGCUGUCCACCGUGCGCAUGACGCCCCUCAAAUGCUUUAUUCUGAGCUCUGUGCUGGCCUGCGCACCCACGAGGUACCACCUGGAGGAGCUGGACCUUUCUUCCUGUCACCUGACCAACGACCUGCUGACCAUGCUGUGGCCCGCCUUCCGCCACACGCACAACCUCAAUCUCCAGUUUAAUAGCCUGGGUCCUGAGUCCUGCAUUCUCCUGAGAGAUCUACUACUUGAACCCAACAGUACUAUUAGAUCUCUACACCUGUGUGAUAAUCCGCUGUCAGAGUCCGGGGCUCGCUGUCUGCUGGACGCCCUGCUAGGGAACCAGUCUCUCAGACAGCUGUCCCUGAUGCACACGGGCAUGGGCGACAAGGGGGCCUGCGAGCUGGCCGAGAGGCUCAACCAUCACACGGGCCUGCAGGAGCUCAACGUGGCCUACAACAACAUCGGGGACAACGCUGCUCUGACCCUGGUGGACGCCUGCAGAGAGCACCCCAGCAUCCACACUGUGCACUUGUACCUGAAUCCUCUCAGCAAUGUGGGGAAGCAGUCCUUGUACGUACGAGGAGUCCCGCCGGAGCAGGGCGGCACGGGGCGGCGCGUGAAGGUGCUGGCCUCGGUCACCGAGGGCUCGAACAUCUCGGAGGACUGGCACCCCAUUCUGAGCGUCAUCAGUAAGAACGCCUCGUCCUGGGAGCGCGAACGCGUCAGGGAACAGCUGCAGAUCUUCCUCCGAGACCUGGAGUGGGGUAGGAAGCAGGCACCAAGCUUCUGGAAAAAGAUGCACUUCCGCAGGGUGGAGAAGGGCGUCAGGCAGACGCUGCAGAUGAUUCAGAAGGACAUCCCGACGAGGACCGGUGGGAGUACCAAGUAAUGUUCAAGCAAUGUCUGCGUUUUUUAUUUUUAUCAUGAGCCAUGAUGUUCCAGUCUUCCAGUCUUUCAACCAGAGCAUAAACCCACGUAUCCAUCGCCUUGAAGAAAUGUAGCAAGUGAGAAGUGGGACAGCCAAAUCUAUGCAAAAAUGAAUUGAAUAAAAUAUGAAAUUGUAUGAAACUGAAAGUGUCCUUUUCAAGACUACGUAGGAAUGUGUUGCAUAAUCAGUUAUGCAGAAUUAUGCACAUAGCCAUAUUUGUUUUGGGCCUCCUUAUGUACCUGUGUGCAAAAUGUGUAGUAUCUUGUAUUUUCUCCCUAUUUUUUGCUUGGGGACGUCUGUUCGUGUUGAAUAAAUAUAUUCAGGUAGGUUUAAAAGGAAA